UCUCUCUCUCCCUUCUUCCUCUCCUCCUACAAAUAUGAGAACUCUGAAAAUUUCCUGCCACUGUCUCCUCUCCUCUUUAUAGAGAGAUUCCCUCUCUCUCUCUUCCUCUCCCUUGCCCGAGCUCGUUCCCUUCUUGCAUUCGCAGGACGUCAGGGUUGAAGGGACCUCGUAAAGCUCGCUCCUUUGAUCCCUCACUCAAUUCCGUUCCCCAACCCAACAGGGGGAGCUUCCGUCGUUGAACCGCUGAGUAUACAGAGCGCUCGUUGAAGCUAAGGGCUAGUAUUCUCAAUGGGAGAAGCUCCAGCAUUCUAUGCUGAAGAUCCGCAGAAGGAGCUUCCAAAUGGCAUUGCUUUAAAAUCAAGAAGUUGUGAGGCUGCUGUUGAUAUUGGUGAUAAAACUUAUGUGAUUGGGGGAGCUGAUGAUGAAUCGGCAUUAUCUCUAGGGGUCCGAACUUUUGACAAGUCAGCCGGACAAUGGAUCAAUCCAACUGUGCUCGGUACCAAACCAGGGACUUGCAAAGGCCACUCAGCGGUGCCUCUUGGUCAAGAUCGAAUAUUGGUUGUCAAGAAAGGUUCCAAUCCAGAUGAUUGCCUUUGGUUACUUGAGGUGGAUACACAUUAUGUUAGGGAGCAGCGGAAACUUCAUGGCACCAAAGUCAUUGCAUGGAGUAAGGGUGUGAGGGGCAAUGCUGAGAAGCCGGUUGUAAUCAGUGGUCCUUCAGGAGUCGGGAAAGGUACCUUGAUAAACAAACUUAUGGAGGAAUUUCCAUCAUUGUUUGGAUUCUCCGUAAGCCACACAACCCGAGCUCCGAGGGGUAUGGAGAAAGAUGGGGUACACUACCACUUCACCCAGAAAAGUGUGAUGGAGAGGGAUAUAAAAGAUGGCAAGUUUCUCGAGUUUGCUUCUGUUCACGGAAAUCUUUAUGGAACAAGCAUUGAAGCUGUUGAAGUGGUAGCAGACAAGGGGAAGAGAUGUAUUCUUGAUAUCGAUGUCCAAGGAGUGAGAUCAGUAAGGGCUAGUUCUCUCAAAGCUAUAUUCAUCUUUAUUCGUCCCCCAUCAAUGGAAGAACUCGAGAAGCGACUCCGUGCUAGGGGUACUGAAACAGAGGAACAGAUCUUAAAGCGACUGAGAAAUGCCAAGGCAGAGCUUGAGCAGGGACUUUCAUCGGGCCAUUUUGAUCAUAUCCUGUACAAUGAUAAUCUUGAAGAAUGCUAUCAGAGACUUAAGAAACUCUUGGGACUUGAUGGAAGUUCAGGGCCAGCUGUUCAAUCAUUACCCAGAGGAAUCAAUCUGCCUUUGGAGCAUUCAGUGUCGAUUAUCGACAACAAGAUAAUUAUAAGUAGCGGAAGCCCUGAAUCGGAUGAGGCAUUCAAGAAUCUGAUUGUGCUGGACGUAUCCUCUCUUAAAGGUGGAGCGCCUGGGCGUACGAGAGGAUUGGACUUUUGUGAAGUUGAUCAAUCUUCUGAAGGGUUGGAAGUGAUCAAUAAGCUGAGCUAAUAUCUGCCUCCGUCGUCGACAUGACUAACUGUCUUCCAAUUUUGAGCUAGUACCUUUCAUUUUAUUCAUUCUGAUUUGGGAAAGGAGGACAAUGGUAAAAGCAUUUAUCCUUGCGUACUGCUGCUCAUUGCAGAAGUCGGACUCUUUUACAUUCUUUCCUUCUCUUUAGAGUAGAUAUCAUUAGGAGUAGUACCAUCUGAAAGAGAUCACAAUUAUUUGUCCCAGCACGAGCUGAUGAUUAUAUGAACCGUGUGGCAUUUGGGUAUCUGUACGACAACUUGAUGAAAUUUCUCUUACGAGCUGUUGGAACUUUAAGAAGGAUAGAGAGGCAUCAUUUAAGCUGUUAAAGGAAUCAAAUUCUGGGAAUUAUUUUCAGUAACUUGCUCCAA